AUGACGCGCAUCGCAUUGCCCCGAGGUGGAUGGUCUGCCCGAUUCCCACACAAAGCACUGCUCAAACAUGGAACUUACGGAAAUGUUGCACCUUUCUCCAGUGGCUCUCUUCGGCUGGGUUAUGCCGACACAAUCAAAAAUCUCAAAAUAGGAAAGCAUACCCGCGUACUUUACCAAGGAUUUACCGGCCGCCAAGCGACAAUGAAUGCCAAAGAAUCCAUCGAAUAUGGCACAAACGUCGUCGGUGGAGUGAAACCUGGAGUUGAAGGUGAACAUCUGGGGUUGCCUGUCCUUCCCAGUGUUCGGGUAGCUGUUGAGAAGCUCAAACCAGAUGCGAGCGCUAUCUACGUUCCCGGGAAUGGAACGGUCAAAGCAAUGGAAGAAGCUAUCGAAAAUGAGAUCCCUCUUAUUAUUGCUGUGGCAGAACACAUUCCGAUUCACGACAUCUUACGGAUCCACCAGAUGCUACGAACGCAGUCUAAGACGAGACUCGUGGGCGCAAAUUGUCCAGGUAUUAUUAGCACUCAUGGAAGAUGUCGUCUAGGAUUUCAACCUCUCCCCUUCUAUAAAGAGGGAAACAUUGGAAUUGUUGCCAAGUCCGGCACUCUGAGCUAUGAAGCAGUCGCUUCAACUACCCGAGCAGGACUGGGACAGACAUAUGGUAUCAGCAUGGGAGGCGAUGUUCUUGCUGGGACAAACUUCGUCGAAGCGUUCCAGAUUUUGGUGGAAGACGAGAAAACGGAAGGCAUCAUCAUGAUCGGUGAGAUCGGGGGUAGUGCUGAGAUCAGAGCAGCAGAAUGGAUCAAAGAGUAUAAUCGAAGCACACCGAAUCCGAAGCCAUUCAUGUCUGUUAUUGGUGGUGUUCAAGCACCCGCUGGUCGAAUUAUGGGUCAUGCAGGUGCUUGGGCAGCACCUGGUGAAGCGAGUGCUGAGAAGAAGAUACAAAUACUUCAAGAUGCCGGAGUGACCAUUGUUGAUCAUCCAGAGAAACUUGGAGAAGGGAUGAAAAAGUUGUUGGCAGAGCGGUUGGGGAGCCGCAAUGCUGGCUCAGCCUCAGCCUCGACACCGUCUCAACGAAGAGGGUACCACACAAUGAGACAGAGACCCCGGACUGUUUACCCGAAAGCUCGUACACCUGAGCAGCGUCGGACAUUGUAUAUCAAACAAAAACAAGCGUAUGAUAUGUUAAAUGAGAGAGGUAUCCCUACCGUCGACCCACCCACAAUCAAAGAUGAAAAAUUCGUUGCCAUCUCAAUCGACCGAGAGACACGGCAACCGUGUAUCAUAGCAUCGCCAUCUACCGAUCCCCAAUACGCAUUUCAGCAAUCAAAGAAGUUCCCAUUCGCCUACGGCUCAGACGAUGCCACAUCUGAAGACCUACUAGCGGCCGUCUCAAAACACUUGGAAGUCUCAGACACAGGGAAACGGUCAUUGCAAAGAUUGAUAUCUGAGUUGGUCGAGAUAUUCAUGUCAAAAGAGGCAUUCGUCGUUCAAACCAAAUUCGCUCUAGACGAUCAGGGUGGUCUGCAGGUACAGGGGGCUAAAUUUGGGUUUGACGAUGCAGCAUUCCGGAGCUCAGGACGCCAAGCCGAAGUACAUGCGCUCAGAGAUAUCGAAAGCGAAGUAAGAGAAGACGUCGAAGCCGAGAAGGAAGGAAUGAUCUACGUCAAGCUCGAGGGCGAAGGUAGCAUCGGAACAAUUGUCAACGGUGCUGGUCUAGCCAUGAACACCGUCGAUGCCCUGGUAGCAAGAGGAGGCCACCCUGCAAACUUCAUGGACACAGGAGGCAAGGCGACAUCUGAAACCAUCAAAGCUGGAUUUAGGAUUGUGUCCUCAGACCCCCGCGUCAAAGUCAUCUUCGUCAAUAUCUUUGGUGGACUGACCUUGGGCGACAUGAUCGCGAAUGGCAUUCUACUGGCCUUCAAAGACUUGAACCUAGCCGUCCCGGUGGUGGUCCGCAUUAGAGGGACGAGGGAGGUGGAGGGACAGAAGCUCAUCCAAGAAAGUGGUCUGAAGCUUGAUGCAUUUGACUCCUUUGAGGAAGCGGCCGCAAGAGCUAUUGCAUUGGCUGAAGGUACCGCUACGAUGGACAAGUAG